AUGUCUAAUAAUCAGAACAGUAAGAGUUCGGCACCCAAACUGUUUGGUUUCCCACUAACAGAGCAAGAGGAGGAAUUUGCAGAAAGAAAAUUUGGAGAGGACAGAAAAUUCAGGUGCCACUACUGCAAGCGAGUUUUCGCAAACUCACAGGCUUUAGGGGGCCACCAAAACGCUCACAAGAAAGAGCGUCAGAGAGCAAGGCGAUUCCAAAUCCACAACCACAGACGCUCCUCCAUGCCACCAUCCUCUGUUGCAGUUACUCCUCUUACGUUUCUCACUUCCCAUGCAAUAAUAAGAUCAGUGCCACUUUCACUUACACUGCCCUCCGUUUACCUUCCACCUCCAUCUUCUUCUACUUCUACUUCUGCUUCUGCUUCUUCCACCGCAAAGCACUUCCCGUCACGCCCCGUUUUCAUUCCUUCCUCCACCCACCGUACUACAUCUUUUCCUUUUCAACUUUAUGCCUCGCCCACUAUACUGCAAUCUGCUUCUACUGUCCUUGAUUUUUCUGCAGAUAGGGAAGUGGAUGUCCACCUCAAAUUGUAA